CACAACACAGCAGCAAGAGAAAAAGACAGAUAGAGAGAGAAAACUAAAAACAAAAAACAAAAAACAAAGACACAUUUGAUUUCCUAGUUUCACAUUACAUUAGGGCUUGAUAAAGAUGGUUUUGCUCGGAAUCUUAAGCUAACAAUAACACAACAAUUUCACUCUUGUUCUUUUUUUUUUUUUUAGUAUAUAUAUAUAAAUAUUACUAGAAUUCAUUUCAUUACAACAACAGAAACAAGAAAGAAAAAAAUGGGAAGAGGAAGAGUUGAGUUGAAGAGAAUUGAGAACAAAAUCAACAGACAAGUUACCUUCGCUAAACGAAGGAACGGUCUUUUGAAAAAAGCUUAUGAACUUUCUGUUCUUUGUGAUGCUGAAGUUGCUCUUAUCAUCUUCUCCAACAGAGGAAAACUCUAUGAGUUUUGUAGCAGUUCAAGCAUGCUGAAAACGCUAGAGAGGUAUCAGAAAUGCAACUAUGGUGCGCCUGAGACUAAUGUGUCUGCACGAGAAGCCUUGGAGUUAAGCAGUCAACAAGAAUAUUUGAAGCUGAAGGCACGUUAUGAAGCAUUGCAACGAUCCCAGAGGAACCUUAUGGGAGAAGAUCUUGGCCCUCUGAGCAGCAAAGAGCUCGAGUCGCUUGAAAGGCAGCUAGAUUCAUCCUUGAAGCAAAUAAGAUCCACAAGGACCCAAUUCAUGCUGGACCAGCUCUCUGAUCUUCAACGCAAGGAACAUAUGCUAAGUGAGGCUAACAGGUCUCUCAGACAAAGGCUGGAAGGGUAUCAAUUGAAUCAACUCCAAAUGAAUGCAUGUGUUGAAGAAAUGGGCUAUGGUCGGCAUCCAAGUCAAACUCAGGGUGAUGGUCUCUAUCAACAGUUGGAGUGUGAGCCAACUUUACAAAUUGGUUGCAGCUAUCAGCCGGAUCCAGGGUCAGUCUGUACGGCAGGACCAAGCAUGAGUAAUUACAUGGGAGGAUGGUUACCAUAGCGACGCUCAUGUUUCGUUUUCAGCAUAAGUUCCACUCCACCAACAAGUUUGUGGUUCCAAUUUUAUUUGAAAAUGGCUAGAAAAAUUAAUUUCCUUUGACAUGUAAUGGACUGACUAGUAAGUUUCUACUAUGUAGGAACAAUGUAAGCAGUUCUGUUCUAUGUGUGCUUUUUGUAAAACUGCACUUCUUUCCUUUAUCACUGAUUUCUUCCCUUUCA